CUCGACGCGGCGCGAGGCCAGUUCGAGAACGCGACCCUAACAUUAACAUCCGGUAAUUCGAGACGGAAACGGAAACGAAUUAACUCGAUUACGUACAAAUACAAAACAAAAAAAAAAACAAAAAAAUACAAAUAAAAAUCAAAACAAAAAAAAAUAAUAAUUAUGAAGAUCGUCUUGCUGCUCAUUGCUGCUGCGGCCUUUGCCUCAGCUCAAAGAAUCACCACAAUUCAAUUAGAUAACGUACAAUAUUUCGUCUCGCGAAUGAAUCCCUACAGUCCAGAAUUGAAUUAUUUCCUCGCAUAUCAAUAUUGUCGAUCAUUGGGUCUUCAAUUAGUGUCAUUUGAGACAAAAGAAAAGGCCGAUACAAUGUCAGAAUAUCUAAAGAAUGCCGGCUAUACAAAUUACGAUUUUUGGACAUCUGGCAAUAAAAUAGGAACAAAUAUGUUCUUGUGGAUGAGCACUGGUAUUCCAUUCAACGCAAGCUUCAGCUACAUUAACGAACAAUCCGGAAGCAUACCAAUUGAAGUUCCACCUGGCACCGAACCACAAAGGGUAGCUCGUGAGAGGUAUAUAACAAAAGAAAAUUCAUUUACUUCUCCACUACACUCAACACAUAAGAACAGUGGUAACGCUGGAAGUUCAGAUAGCUGUGUUGCCAUGACAAAACCAAAUUUAGAAUGGAUGGCACAAGACUGCUCAAUGGUCAAAGAUUUUAUCUGCGAACAGACGCGAUGCUACUACUACAAUUAUGGCAGUAUUCCAGUAUCGGCGACACAGGGAAAUCGAAAGCCCUACAUCGCAAGCACCGCCGCGCCAACCGUGACCCACCAGGAGGAUGAUCACACAAAACAAAAUCACGACGAUGAGCAACGAGCCUCUUCUUCGGCCACACCAUCGCCCAAACGUUCACACGAGGAUCCAAUCAACAGAAUUACCUCCGCUCUGCCAGCAGUCGCUCGCCAUCACACCACCAAUGAAAUCCGUGGCAACACCAAUCCAAUGAUCCUCGAGAAGAGCACCCGAAACGAUCACAUUCCCGACAUAACCAGCCUCUUCUCCAACGCACCAUCGCAAGUCCAAAAGGACACCGCCUUCGAUGGACUCGAGACCCACGAGGUGCGCUCACUAUCCCGAUCAUCACCAAUCUUAAACGCCGAACAUCGCGAGGAACCCACGGAAUAUGAAACUGGCGCUGAAACUGAAUUGCCAAACAAUGCCCUCUUGGACCCGCACACAGUCGGUCCCUACAAUUCAAUGCUCGACUAUCAAUCCGAUCAGGCAAUUCAAUCAGAUCAGAGUGAAUUGGUAACGCCAAUUAAGGAUCAUGAAGAAGACUCCAGUACCAUCCUCCCGGAUGCGGAACCGGCCUAUAGGUACAGCAUCAAAGUGCGCAAUAACGGCAAAGUAUUAGAUCCUCCGUCCAAGUAAUUAUCUAAUUUAUCAUCGUCAUUUCAUCAUCAUCAUCAUCAUCUCAACAUCAUCAUGAACAACAACAACAGCAUCAUCAUAAUCAUUUUGUUGUCUCGCGUCCAAGCAAUAGUGACAGCAUUUCUGAAAAAACAUCUUCAAAAGAUUAUUUUUUUUGGAAAAAAACUUGAAGAAGAAAAUUAUAAUGAAUUGCUCAAGCGAUUUUGCUUCAUGGUGCCACUAAUGUCUAGUCUUUUUGUUCCCUAAUACAAUAACGUAACCUAACCAUCGCAAACAGGCUCGUGAUCAUCGUCAAUCCAUAUCCACACAUCAAUCAUUUCCCACACAAUUUUCAAGAGACGUUAGUGGUGCCUAAAAAAAGUAUCUUGGAGAGCGAGAUCGGCUUUGAAAAACAACGCUAGAGAUUAAUCACAUUUCUGAUUAUGAGCAAAAAAUUGAUUUAUCACUAAUUUCCCAUUAGUCAAUUCAUCUCUUGUCUCUAUCCUAGCGUUUUUUCUUUCCAAAAUUGAUGACAAUUUUGUAAUUAAAAAGAAACUCGAAAAUUCACAAGAGUUUUUUGGUGGCGCCGGCGGACAUACGUUAAGUAAUUUGGCUCGUUUCAUUUAUAAUUUAAAAAAAGUGUACGACGAUGGGAUUAUAGGCAUUAGUUUCUAUGAAAGUGUUUCCAAGUAUUAAACAUAAUAAUUAAGAUAUGAAUUCGAAAUCAAAUAAUGUGCGGCAUCGGGAGUCCGUCCGCGCCACACAUUUUUAUUAAAAAUGUACUGAUGAUUGAUAAUACAAUACAUUGUAUUUUGGACAAGUAGAAAAAAAUGAAAUAUACUUUAUCGCGAUAUGUGAAACGAGAUUAUAGACUCUUUGUGAAAAAAAAAACGAUAACGUUUUAAUUUUAAAUUUUAGUUUUGUCUCAAAAAGAGGUUUUUUUUUAACUAUUAAGUAUUUUUUUUAAUAUAGAAGAUGAUAGAUUUCAACUCCUACGGAUAUGAAUGAAUAACUUGUAUGAUUGGUCAUUAAUAAAGGAAUAGAUACAUUUUUAA